UGCCGGCGUUAUUUCCGGUUCUAACCGGAAGUGGUCUUGAGGUACUCCGGGACGAGCGGUUUUGGGUGCGUUCGGGUUUUGGGGAAGAAGACGAGCAGCCGCCGGCGGCGCCUUUCCUCUUCAUUCCCCCCCUUUACCUUUACUAUCACUCUCCGCUCAUCCUCCGUGGGGGUGUAUUGUUAUCGCCACCCCCUCGUCACCUUGUCCCUCCCUCCUCCGGGCAAGGGAGCCGCCCCCUCCGGUGGACUUCGAAGUUUAUUUUAGGAGUGUCGGGAAAGGUUUUCUUUGAAGUAAUGCCCACAGAAAGUGGAAGUUGUGCCACGGCUCGCCAGGCAAAGCAGAAACGCAAAUCUCACAGUCUUUCUAUACGACGAACCAACAGUUCCGAGCAAGAACGGUCAGGAUUGCAGAGGGAAAUGCUGGAAGGCCAGGAUUCAAAGCUGCCAUCAUCUGUUAGGAAUACACUUCUGGAACUUUUUGGUCAAAUAGAAAGAGAGUUUGAGACCCUCUACAUUGAAAAUCUUGAAUUACGUAGAGAGAUUGAUACACUUAAUGAGCGCUUAGCAGCUGAAGGCCAAACGAUUGAUGGAGCUGAACUGAGCAAGGGACAACUGAAAACCAAAGCCAGCCAUAGUACCAGUCAGCUCUCUCAGAAAUUAAAGACUACUUACAAGGCGUCUACUAGCAAGCGCUCAAAUUCUUUCCCAGGCAAAUCAGGUGGACCUCGCAACUUCAGCGUGGGAAGCUGGGAAAUAUGGGGUGGCGACUCCUGGAUUGUGUCCAGUUUCAAAACAACAACAUCAAGAGCAAUCUGCCAGCUGGUGAAAGAGUAUAUUGGUCAUCGGGAUGGGAUUUGGGAUGUCAGUGUCGCAAAAUCUCAGCCGGUGGUGCUGGGGACUGCAUCUGCUGAUCACACUGCUUUACUAUGGAGCAUAGAAACAGGCAAGAGCCUUGUCAAAUAUGUUGGGCAUGCUGGAUCAGUAAAUUCCAUAAAAUUCCAUCCAACAGAGCAAGUGGCUCUCACAGCUUCAGGAGACCAGACAGCUCAUAUUUGGAGGUACAUGGUGCAAUUGCCCACACCUCAGCCUACUACAGACUGCAAUCAAAUGUCUGGAGAAGAUGAAGUGGAAUUCUCUGACAAAGACGAAGCUGACGGAGAUGGAGAUGGCUGCGGUGAUUGUCCCACCAUCCGGACUCCUUUAACUUCCCUAAAAAGCCAUCAAGGUGUUGUCAUAGCAGCAGAUUGGCUGGUUGGGGGCAAGCAAGCUGUGACUGCGUCAUGGGAUAGGACAGCAAACCUAUAUGAUGUGGAGACAUCUGAACUUGUGCAUUCUCUGACAGGACAUGACCAAGAACUCACACAUUGUUGCACACAUCCCACCCAACGUCUUGUGGUGACGUCAUCCCGCGACACAACCUUCCGUCUGUGGGAUUUCAGAGAUCCGUCUAUCCAUUCUGUGAAUGUCUUUCAGGGCCAUACAGACACUGUGACUUCAGCUGUCUUCACUGUGGGAGACAAUGUUGUUUCGGGUAGUGAUGACCGUACUGUGAAAGUUUGGGACUUGAAAAAUAUGAGAUCACCUAUUGCCACUAUUCGCACAGAUUCUGCAGUAAACAGGAUCAAUGUUUGUGUUGGCCAAAGAAUUAUUGCCCUUCCUCAUGACAACCGGCAAGUUAGGCUGUUUGACAUGUCUGGAGUGCGAUUAGCACGACUUCCUCGCAGCAACAGACAGGGCCACAGAAGAAUGGUUUGUUGUUCAGCUUGGAGUGAAGACCAUCCCAUAUGUAAUCUGUUCACAUGUGGAUUUGACCGCCAGGCUAUUGGGUGGAACAUCAACAUCCCUGCUUUGCUUCAGGAAAAAUGAGAUAUUGGAAGAAUCCUUUCCCCCUCUCUUUCUGUUCUGUUUUGUUGCCAUAGACUUUUGUGCAGACUUUCCUAUAAGUUGGUCUGCUAUCACUGUAAAAGGUGCUCCUUGAAAGGGGUGUGUUGCAGAAUUUGUUACCACUUUGUGCACAAUUGCAUGAAAUGUACAGGAAAAAAUGUGACCUUUUCAAAGAAGUUAGGUUCUUGUGUAUGAACUUUUAUAUCUUGACAUCCACUGGUGAAUAGAAGGAUGUUUGGCUUUACUAUGGAGCAUAGAGAUGUUCAUAAGUUAUUCAGCCUAGAUGAACUGUAGGGCAUUAUGUUUGACUUAAAUGUGAAUUCUAUGUACUUAUUGUGAAGAAUAUAUAGUCUGCCUUUCCCCUAUCAUUUUACAUAUCUUAUCUGCCUUGUGGUUAAAGAGAGUUUAGGGCUAAACUCUUAAAAUGAAGGGUGAAUUUCGCUGAGAAGCAUGGUGGUGAUUUCUUUGCUUUUAUAUGAAGUCUGACUUAACUCCAGUGUAGUAUUAAUUUCAACUCCCAAUGUAGUCUAGUUUAUGGAACAAAAGUAAGGGUCAGUGAAGGAAACAAUAAAUAACAUUUUGGCAUUAGGCAUGGAAUUUUAGGUUGCCAUAUGGAGAAUAUCCUGAUACAUUUCAAGAAAUAACGGAUCCAUCCUUACCCUGUUGGCCUGAGCCACCACUCUACAUUUUGAAAUCUUGCUUAUUGCAAACACCAGUAUAUUGCAAUCACAGCAAUUUGAACAAUUUCUUAAGCACUUUAGUUUAUAGCAGCUGUUAUAAACCGCAAGCAUCUGAAGACAUUUCAGAAGGAAUGUGGGAGUUCUGUCUUAGAAGGAUUUACAUGGGCUACAUUUUUGUGAACUAUUUUUUUAAGCAAGCAAAUAAACCUUGUAUUGUUUUUUUAAUA